CCAUGUCCUUGUUCAAUGUCUGCAGCUGGUGGUCCGCCCAAUGCUCCGAUCCUGGCGAGGAAUACGAUGUGGCCAGCUUGCUGUGCGCCCGCUUCGGCCUGGAGGCUCAGGAGAAGGACUACAUCAUUGUGGGCUCCCAGUCGGGACAGCUGAGCAUCUACUACCCGCACCAUCGGGGCUAUGAUGCCACCGAUUUGCUGCUGGAGACCCAGAUGACGGCUCCUAUUUUGGGCCUAUAUGCUGGCAAGUUUAGUGGCACUGUGCGCAACGAGAAUGCCAACCAGUUGGGAGUUCUACUGCCCAAUGCCAUUGUUAUAUACAAUGUCCUGGCCAUCGGUGGACUGGCGGAACACGGGGCUCAGUUGCGCUUGCAGAUGCAGGCGGAGCACAAGUUCCAGCGCGUGGCCUUUGGGAUGUGCCAGGGUCACUUCGGCCAGGUGAAGGGCAGGGAGUUCUUCUGUGUGGUGCAUUUGGAUGGAACUCUCACCUUUUACGAGCAGGAUGGCAUAUCAUACGAGUGCCGGUUUCCCGGCUACCGGGCUCUUCCCGCUCCUGUGGUCUAUUGCGAACGUACCGAUAGCUUCUUUCGGUUCAGUGCUACCUGGGAUCUUCAGUGCUAUAGCUAUCAGGAUUUGUCCCAUUCCCUCGUCACGAAGAGUAGCUACCAACCCACUUGGACGCAGUGCGUGGGCGAGGGCAUUGUCGAUAUGCGGGUGGUUCAAGUUAAGGAGAACUGUUCCUACAUUAUGAUCCUGGGAGAACGAAACUUUAUAUCCCUGGACGACAAUGGAAAGUUUAAUUUCAUGCUAAAGUUGGACUACGCUCCCAAAUGUUUCAUUAGUUUCGUGGUGGGUUACUAUUGGGAACCGGGCGCCCGACUCAUCACCGCCAUCAUUUCGGACUCCUCCAAACUGCACUUGUAUGAGGAGGCCAAUCUUAUUUGGGCAGCCCAGUGGCCCAAUCAAUCCCCUGCCCCGGUGGCCAUUCAGCGCUCUAAUGUCCAAAACUUGGCUGGCGGAAUUGUAACCUUGGGUGCCAAGGGGCAGCUGGAGGUGGGCUACCUGGGAGCCGAUCCCUUUCAGUUCCAGGUUCAGCCCCUGAAACUAGAGGAGCUGAGCUUCGCCCAGGCCCACAAAGAACUCCAACAGCUGGAGGAUGAAAUCAAGGAGGCGGUGGAUGUGCGGGACAUGGAUGCUCUCAACCAACAGGCGGCGGAUCAAGUGCGUCUUACUUUUACUAUCCAGCCGGAGGUCAACGACGAUUUGGAUACCCUGCUCCUUGACGUUCCCGCCGAUGUGGCAGUCAAGGAAUUACCGUCAGCCAAGGGUCUACUACGUUGUAGGAUCAAGGCAGAGCUGGCCGAGCUGCAGCUGGUAUUCCAAACCCCAAAUGGGGUAAGAUGCAGCCAGGACACCUUGAGCUUUGUGGAUGUGGCAGCCGGCACCAUCCAUGAGUUUAAGCUGGAUUUCUAUAUUGCCGAGUUGUUGCACAUUCACAGCGCCAAAGUGGAGGUGAUCGCCUCGUUUGUGAGUCCCAGGGGCAUCCCACGGGUCAUUCAGCAGAUCGCAAACCUCCCUUUGUCCAUGUUCUAUCGGGCUUGCCAGCCCCAAAAGGCAGCUGGAAUAAAGUUGACCUACAGCAUCAUCAGCCGCCAUGUUACUCCGAAACUGGCCACCUUCUUUGGGGAGUUUCUGGAGGAGCACAGUGAGGCACAUGCCUUGGGCCUACAGCUUCUAUGUCCGGGCCUGGAGAAGCAAAGCGAAGUAAUCACGUUGGUGGCCGCCAAGAACUCCAAUCGGAUUCGCAUUCAAUCCGAUUACGUGGAGACCUUCGCCAUGAUCCUGGAGCGCAUAGUGGAGCGGACCCUGCAGCUGGACAGCUCGGCGGGAUUAAUAAAAAUGGACAAGAAAAAGCCCAGAAAGGGAGUGCUUAAUCGGUGUGUGGAGCGUCUGAUAGCUGCCCCCUUUCUGCCCAUCCAGCCGAUUCUCCACAGAAUUGAUGUGCAUCACGAUACCCAGCAGAGCAUUAGAAAGCAAACGGAGCAACUAGAGGAAUUGUGGCAACAGUUCAAGACGCUGCAGCGCAAUUUGCAGGAGCAGUCCGAGGGGGACCCCAAAGAGGCCCUGACAAUGCAAAUAGAGUCCAACUACGACCAGUUGAUCCUGGAGGGUGAUAAGUUGGUGGAGAUACGGCGGGACGAACGAAGACAACGUUGCGACUUGAAUUGCGCAGUGGCAUUAGCCAGAUGGAUUAUUCAUGCCUUGAACCUGGAGGAGCGCGUGGUCAACGUGGUGAACUCCGUACUAAGUGUGCCCAUCGAGGACUGGACAGAACUUAGCUGGGAAGAAUCUAUGGCUCCGGGCAUUGAUAUGCUGCACCACUUCGGGCCACUGACCCGCUCUAAAUCCACAUCGACCCAUGGACUACUGGACUCGAAUGCCAAUCCCAAGGACAGCUUCGAUUAUAGCCGCUUUAGACGCCACUUUGCCACCCUCUUUGACAGGAUUAUACGACUAGCAUCUACACCGGUGGCUAUCAAGCCGGAUGACAGCAAGGAGCCAUCUGGUGAGGUGGAGAAACCCGCAGCGGAAGAACAAGUGGAUGAGAUCGGAAAUAUGCAGCGCAUGCUGGGAGAGAAGGGUCUGCCUUUGGGUCCACCCAAGCGUAGAAGCAACAUGAGCAGUUCCCUGGAAGCAGUCGAGGACGAUGAGGAGUACGACGAGGAGGAUCUGCGGGAGGACGUGGGCUAUCGGAAGGAGUAUGGAGCCACUGAUGGGACGAACACCUCCUCCAACAGGAAAAACCGAUCCGAAUGGGUCAACGAGGACUUUGAGCUACCCACCACCGAGGAGCUGUUCAGCGACCUGGGUAUCUGGUGGUAGUUCCCAGUUCCCAGUCCAAGUGUGGUUACUCCGCGUCUCGA